AUGGCACGCUGCACUAGCGACGCGCCGCACAGGGGCGGUACGGGAACCAAAGCCAGGUUCAGCCCAGGUUUACAUGUCACCUCACCUUCACAAGCUUUCUUUGUUCCUCUUGACUUGACUUGCACAUCACCCACGGUCCUUACUCGUCUUCCCAUUCAGCUUUCCGACUCGCCCCAAAUGGAGUCCGUCGGCGAGAAGCAGAACCUGAGGGUCGACACAGCGCGCAAUGCCGAUCAACCUCACAUGACACCUCCGGUGACACCGACAACAGGACGCGACAAGUCUUCAAAGCGCAACUCUCGAUACCUCAACCUGAAGCGCCUGCCGACUCUCCAGGAGGUACUGGACCGGAGAACACGCACACCGCUCGACCUCUUCUGUUUCUACAUUUUCCUGCAACGCGAGAACUCUGAAGAUGUCCUCGACUUCUGGCUUGAUGUGCAGCAGCACGAGAACUUGUGCAAGGCUUACUUCAAGGACCUCCGUCGAUCCGGCCGCCCUGUUGCCGAGGACUGGCCCGAAUUUGCGCAGUACGCGAGGUCAAACGGAUCAUACAUCAUUCCGUACCUCAACCUGAACGAAACCGCAGGAGACGAGCGAGAAGGAAUCAGCCCAGGAACGGAGGGAUGGGGAGAGGGCCAGCAACAGACGACGGAACGUUCGCAGGACGAGCUUGCGCCUCUGCCGCCGGCGCACACUCGGGGGCACGACGACAGCAGCCCGCUCGCGUCGCCAGUGGCUCAGUCGCCGCUGCUCGAGGAGAGCAUGCACGGCUCGCAUACGAGCUUACCGGGUGUCCGCGGGCGGACGUCGCGUGCAUCUCUUCGGGGCUGGGCGCAGCGCAAGGCGACGAGGGCUCCGACAGUGUUCGCGCGCGAUCGCGCGAUCGAGAAGCAGGCGCUCGUCGACAGCGCCGAGCGCAUCUACCUGCGCUACCUGUUGCCUGGUGCGGAGCGUGAGGUCUACCUCCCGCCAGCUCUGCGCAUGACCAACUUCCCCGUCAGCGAGAACGGGCACGUCUCGCCGCAGAUUCCGGACCUGUUCCACGCGCAGAAGCUCUUCAUCUUCCGCGCACUUGAGCAGGAUGCGUUCCCCCGCUUCCUCCGCGCCAAGGCGUUCGGCAACCUGACCCCCAUGAGCUCGCUGCUGCACUUGAUCCUCGGUCUCGUUGUGCUUUGGGGCGCGUUCGUGCUUGCGUUCACGUUCAUCUUCCUCGACUGGUCGCCCAAGUCGCACAGGCUCUACGUCAUCAUCCCCUUCUUCUUCGCGUUCAACCUACUCCUCGCGGCGUACUACUCCCUCUCACCCAUUCUCGCCUUCCUCUUCCAGUCCGAGACGACGCCGUUCCACCUCAUCACCAUCCGCGAGGCGUACGUCCGCAAGCUCUUAUUCCUCCGCGCGCUCUGGGUCGAGGCUCUCGCCAUCCUCCUCACGGCAAUCUUCACCAUCAUCUUCACCCUCGUACCGGGCAAGCGUCUCUAA